AGCCCAUAUUUCCGACAGCUCCUGAAUGCAGCAGCAGGCUGACUGGCUCUGUGAAGAUGGCGGACUGUAUACGUGUUCCUCUGCUCCUGCUUUUGAUGUGCAUCUCGUCCCCUGUGCAUCCAGUUCGCGGGGAAAACGCCAUCGCAGUCAAACCCCUAAAAGCUGAGAACCUCCAGAACCCAGCCGGAGCUCCGGGCCCGGCGGCGGUGAACCCGGCGGCCGCUGAGAGGAACCCGGGCGCCGGGGCCUCGCUGCCUCGGAGGCGCUCUGCCGGCUGGAAGUUGUCUGAGGAGGCGGUGUGCAGGGAGGACCUGACCCGGCUCUGCCCCAAACACUCCUGGAACAACAACCUGGCGGUGCUGGAGUGUCUGCAGGAUAAGAAAGAGGAAACUGAGAUCGCCGCCGAAUGCAACCACCUGCUGUGGAACUACAAGCUGAACCUGACCACCGACCCAAAGUUUGAGUCUGUGGCCGUGGAAGUCUGCAAGACCACCAUCUCUGAGAUUAAAGAAUGUGCGGCGGAGGAGCUCGGGAAGGGCUACCUGGUGUCCUGCCUGGUGGAUCACCGUGGCAACAUCAGCGACUACCAGUGCAACCAGUACAUCACCAAGAUGACCAGCAUCGUCUUCAGCGACUACCGGCUGAUCUGCGGCUUCAUGGACAAGUGCCGCGAGGACAUCAACACUCUGCGCUGCGGCAGCAUCAGCACCGGAGAGAAGGACAUCCACUCUCAGGGCGAGGUGAUCGCCUGUCUAGAGAAAGGUCUGGUGCGGGAGGUCGAGGAGCAGCCGGGAGCGCACCCCAUCAAGGACGACUGUAAGAAGUCCAUCAUGAGAGUCGCCGAGCUCUCGUCAGACGACUUCCACCUGGACCGCUACCUGUACUUCGCCUGCCGCGAUGACCGGGAGCGCUUCUGUGAAAACACUCUGGCCGGAGAAGGACGAGUUUACAAAUGUCUCUUCAAUCACAAGUUUGAGGAGGCGAUGUCUGAGCGGUGCCGUGAGGCGUUGACCACCAGGCAGAAGCUGAUCGCUCAGGACUACAAGGUGAGCUACUCGCUGGCCAAAGCCUGCAAGUCGGACCUGAGGAAAUACCGCUGCAGCGCGGACUCCAACAUGCCCCGGGCCCGAGAGGCUCGCCUGUCCUACCUGCUGCUCUGCCUGGAGUCGGCCGUGCACAGAGGUCGCGUGGUCAGCGGCGAGUGUCAGGGCGAGAUGAUGGACUACAGGCGGAUGCUGAUGGAGGAUUUCUCUCUGAGUCCCGAGAUCGUGCUGCAAUGUCGGAGCGAGAUCGAGGGCCACUGCUCCGGUCUGCACCGCAAAGGACGCACGCUGCACUGCCUGAUGAGGGUCGGCCGCGGGGACAUGGGCGCCAUCGACCCCAAGUGUCAACAGGCACUCCAGACUCUGAUCCAAGAAGCCGACCCCGGAGCCGACUACCGCAUCGACCGAGCGCUCAACGAGGCCUGCGAAUCCGUCAUCCAGACUGCCUGCAAACACAUCCGCAGUGGAGACCCAAUGAUUCUGUCCUGCCUGAUGGAGCAUCUGUACACUGAGAAGAUGGUGGAGGACUGUGAACACAGACUGCUGGAGCUGCAGUACUUCAUUGCCAGAGACUGGAAGUUGGAUCCCAUCUUGUAUAAGAAGUGUCAGGGCGAUGCUGCGCGGCUCUGCCACACUCGCGGCUGGAACGAGACCAGUGAGAUGAUGCCGCCCGGCGCCAUUUUCUCCUGCCUGUACCGCCACGCCUACCGCUCUGUGGAGCAGGGACGGAGGCUCUCCAGGGACUGUAAGGUAGAGGUGCAGAGGAUUCUCCACCAGAGGGCGCUGGACGUGAAGCUGGACCCCGAGCUCCAGAGACGCUGUAUGACUGACCUGGGGAAGUGGUGCAGCGAGAAGACGGAGGCCGGCCAGGAGCUGGAGUGUCUGCAGGAUCACCUGGAGGAUCUGGUGCCUGACUGCAGGGAGGUGGUGGGAAACCUGACGGAGCUGGAGUCCGAGGAUAUUCAGAUCGAGGCGCUGCUGUUGAGAGCCUGUGAACCCGUCAUCCAGACUCACUGUCACGAGGUAGCUGAUAACCAGAUCGACACCGGUGAUCUGAUGGACUGUUUGGUCCUGAACAAACACCAGAAGGAGAUGAAUGAGAAGUGUGCGGUGGGAGUGACACACUUCCAGCUGAUUCAGAUCAAAGAUUUCCGUUUCUCCUACAAGUUCAAGACGGCCUGCAAGGAGGACGUCCUCAAACUGUGUCCCAAUAUUAAGAAGAAGGUGGACGUCGUGAUCUGCCUCAGCACCACGGUGAGGAACGACACCCUGCAGGACGCCAAAGAGCAGCGAGUGUCCGUCAAGUGUCGCAAACAGCUGCGGGUGGAGGAGGUGGAGAUGUCGGAGGACAUCCGCCUGGAGCCGGAGCUGUACGACUCCUGCAAGCAGGACAUCAAAGGACUGUGUCAGAACGUGGCCUUCGGUAACGCACAGGUUAUCGAGUGUCUGAAGGAGAACAAGCGUCAGCUGACUCAGCGCUGCCACCAGCGGAUCUUUAAGCUGCAGGAGGUGGAGAUGGUUGAUCCUGAACUGGACUACCAGCUGAUGAGAGUCUGCAAGCACAUGAUCAGGCGGUUCUGCACAGAGUCUGAGGGAAAGAACGUUCUUCAGUGUCUGAAACAGAACAAGAACAGCGAGCUGAUGGAUCCCAAAUGCAAACAGAUGAUCACCAAGAGACAGAUCACCCAGAACACAGACUACAGGCUGAACCCGGUGCUGAGGAAGGCCUGUAAAGCCGACAUCCCGAAGUUCUGUCAGCCGAUCCUGAACAAGGCGACGCCCGACAGCGAGCUGGAGGGUCAGGUCAUCUCCUGCCUCAAACUCAAAUACGCCGACCAGCGUUUGUCACCGGACUGCGAGGAUCAGAUCCGGGUCAUCCUGCAGGAGUCGGCGCUGGACUACAGACUGGACCCUCAGCUGCAGAUCCACUGCACACAGGAGGUCCACACCUUUCUGCUUCUUUACACACAUUACUGCAAAAUCUGUUAGGAAUA